UCCUCGCUGACGUCAGGAAACUUUCUCCGCGGCUGGGGUCGGAGCGGGCGCCGGGAGCCGGCACGGCGGCGGGACGGGCUCCAUCCAUCCCUGCAUCCAUCCCUGCAUCCAUCCAUCCAUCCAUCCCGCGGCAGGAGAAAGUCUGUAAACAGUUCAUAUCCUUUUGCCACCUGAAUGCUUCUGUUGUCACUUCAGGGCACGUUAAAGUGGGGAGGGAAAAACCAAACCCAGAAGCAUCAUUGACUGGAUAGAUUUUUCAACAUGAAUCGUGCUUUUAGCAGAAAGAAAGACAAGACAUGGAUGCACACUCCUGAAGCCUUAUCAAAGCAUUAUAUUCCCUAUAAUGCAAAGUUCCUUGGCAGUACAGAAGUGGAGCAGCCCAAAGGCACCGAAGUUGUAAGAGACGCUGUUAGAAAAUUAAAGUUUGCAAGGCAUAUCAAGAAAUCUGAAGGCCAAAAGACGCCCAAAGUUGAAUUACAAAUCUCAAUCUAUGGUGUAAAAAUCCUAGAUCCUAAAACAAAGGAGGUCCAGCACAACUGCCAGCUCCAUAGGAUAUCGUUUUGUGCUGAUGAUAAAACCGACAAGAGAAUAUUUACUUUCAUAUGCAAAGACUCGGAAUCCAAUAAGCACCUGUGCUAUGUAUUUGACAGUGAGAAGUGUGCGGAGGAGAUAACUUUAACAAUUGGUCAAGCAUUUGACUUAGCUUACAGGAAAUUUCUGGAAUCCGGAGGAAAAGACGUUGAAACGAGGAAACAAAUUGCAGGUUUACAGAAAAGGAUUCAAGAAUUAGAAACGGAAAACGCAGAACUGAAAAAUAAAGUUCAAGAUUUGGAAAACCAGUUAAGAAUAACACAAGUACAUGCAUCUCCACUGCUGCACAUAAAGUGUGAUAAUGAUGAACAUAUGUUUCAAAGACCCUCUACUUUUUUCUGGUGUAACAAUGAGGAUUCACCUCCUUGUUUAGAUAUCUCUUCCAUUACGCUUACUCCUAGGAGUUCUCCUGACUCUAGACUACCACCUGGAUUGUUAAUCCCACCACCUUCAAAAACUGGUCUUCCAAAACCAACCAGUGAAUACAGCUGCCCAAGACCUCGUGCAGGCAGUAUGACACCUAAAUCACCCUCCACUGACAUCUUUGAUAUGGUUCCCUUUUCUCCCAUAUCCCCUCAGUCAUCAACACCUACUCGCAAUGGUACACAGCCUCCUCCAGUACCCAGUCGAUCUACAGAGAUCAAGAGAGACCUUUUUGGAGCAGAACCUUUUGACCCUUUUAGCUGUGGAGCAGGAGAUUUCCCUCCAGACAUUCAGUCCAAACUAGAUGAGAUGCAGCGUCAGCGAUGGUUGGUAUAUCAUAUUUUAAUAAUGGAGGGGUUCAAAAUGGGAUUAACCCUUGAAGGCACAGUAUUUUGUCUUGACCCACUAGACAGCAGAUGCUGAUGCCAAGAGAGUAAAUGUGAAAUUCCUACACAGUGGGUGUUUUUUAUUCCUGAACAUGUACUCACAGAUGCUACCCCAACGUGCCAAAAAUUGCUUUUUUUCAACAUUUAAGCUCUUGUGAGGCUUGCUUCUGUAAAAAUCCAACUUUGUCCCAGUCUUUCCCUGUACAAAUGUAAAAAGUUGUAUUUGUUUAUGAAUUAUGAAUUAAAUUACGCUGUCGUCUUUCUUUCUCUUGCACUUUGGCCCGAGUUUACUACACUUUGUGACCAUUAGCUUGGGAAAGUUCUUCAGAAGGGUCACACAUACCUCUCUCUGUUUGCAAAUGUGCAGGCAUGAUUUUUCACAUAAUACUUUACCUGGCAGUAUUUUGAAAUUCUGCUUUUAAGGCAUUAUUUAAUAUUCAAGCAGUAAAAUUAUUAGUAUCUGCUACAAAAAAAAUCAAUUUGCAGUGAAAAAGCAUAAAAUACUAACCAUUAUUAUAUGCUUCAAAGGUAAAUCUGGAUGCAGUGUAAUUGAUUUUCAUUACUGUGUGUGGUUACUAUGCUGUAUAUGUGUUGUUAUUAGUUUAUGAAAUCCAGAUUUUAGGUCCUUUAAUUCAAGUUUUAGAAACUAACAAAUUGCCAGUCUGCUAAUUAGCACUUAAUGAGCCUGGAAGAACUGCUAAAUUGCAGGAUGGACAAAGUAACUGCCCUUUGUUUUGAUAUUUUAUAGCUGAACUGUAAAGUAUGUAAUUUGGAAUCCAUUACAUGCUAACCACAACCUCAAAAGGAAGAUUAUGGUCUUGCAUUUUCUUAGGAAUUUAUGUAAUUUUGUACAUAAUAAGCAGGCACUGGGCUCAGAUCUCUAAUUGCUUUCGACACCUGGGUGUUUACAGUCAGGCUCUGUUGAGUAUUUUUUCACUAUCUGCUUUUAUGUUACACGUCUUUAAUUUUGAAGCUUGCUGCAAAGAAUCCAAUAUGAGUUCGUAAGUUCUUCAUCCCCACUGGUUGUUCAUGUUACACAAAUACCUGCACGCCAACAUUUUCAGCUGCUGGUGAGUUGAGUGCUGACCUAUCUAUGCACACUCUUCACUGAUCUUUAGCUUAAGCAAUAAAAUUCCCUCUUAAACCUAUUUCAGAAAAUUAUUACCAUUAGUUCAAUUAAAAAACUUUAAAACCUCUAAUGUUUUCCCCUCGGGACGUAAAAAUGUGGAAAAAACCCUGAAUUUUCAGAUAGUUUCCUAAUUUUUUUAUGAGAUCUUUUUUUUUUUGCGUUACUUAUGGUUUUGUCCUUAACGAUGAUGGUUUACACCGAACCCACAUUUUGCAAUUUUGUCAUCACAUGUGUAUCUUUAUGCCCAUUUCAACAAACUACUUUUGCAUGUACCUUUGGAGUUCACUGAAGUGGAUGUGAUUAUUCCUUUGCUGAGUUUGACACAUGCUCAAGUACCUUGCUGAAUGGGGGCCUUAAUGUCUUGCAUUACAUUAGUCUUCCUCUGUCUUAUUCUGUGGUCAUCAUUCAUAUAGAGUAUUAUAUAGAAAUAUAUAUAUAUAUAAAAAUAUAUGAAAUCACUAAUGAAUAGAAUAGUAUAUGUUUCAUAAAGAAAAGUCUUUAUAAUUUUGUUUGUCAUAUAGUAUUUUGGAAUUUGUAUAAUGAGGAUGUUUAGUAGCCAUAACGAUGGCCUUUUUUAACAAAUAGAAUUUGUAUUUUUAUUGUACUUUAAAAGGCUUUACAUAAUAAGCAUCUAUUUAGUGGUCAUUUAUUAUCAAUGGUAACACUAAGAUAAUGUUUGCACAUUUUAAGAAACCUGUUUCGUUACUGAUUUUUAUGAUAGCUGACUGCAAAUGGCAUGGUUAAACCUUACAUACCUGGUCAAUCCAUACAAAAAACUACUUUAAUCAACACAACAGUGCAUUUUUAAUUUUUAUGUGAUCCAAUUGGAAAAUGUAUUUCUAUGUAAUCUCAAAUGUCUGUUUAAUUUUGCCUAAAAUAAAUGUUUUUAAAUAAAUUGCA